GUGGGAUCUCCUGCUGUCAGAGCGCGUUUCUCCUGCAGGUGCUGAGCAAACAAAAAGAGCAGAGCUGCUUUCAUGAUGGACGCGGACAACAAACACCCAGAGGAAGAUGGCACGGACGUUUGCAGUGAUGCUGCAGAUAUGAAGACACAGGAGGAAGAAGAAGAGAACGCACUGCACUUAACUGCAGGUGUGAUAAAGACUGAGGCAGAGGAAAUGGAAGAUACCGAGCCGUAUCUCAAGGCUGAAAAAGAAAAAGAAGAAGCAGAGGGAGUCAGCGAGGACGGGAUGGAGGAAGGGUUCGAUGAGGACGACGAUGAGGACAGGGACGGGGAAGGGGACGAAGAGGGAGAUACCCUGAAUGAGCCACAGGACCUGUCUCUAGUGGACUACUCUCGGUACGACAGUGUGGCGCCGCCAGACGCCCACACUGCAGCAGAGGCAGCAGAGGCAGCAGAGGGGACGUACGCGUCUGAAGCCGCGGGGCCCCGCAUUCAGGCUCCAGGCAAACUCAGCUGUGACAUCUGUGGCCUGUCAUGCGUCAGCAUCAACGUACUGCUCGUGCACAAACGCAGCCACACGGGCGAGAGGCCGUUCCACUGCUCUCAGUGCGGGGCCUCCUUCACCCAGAAGGGAAACCUGCUUCGCCACAUCAAACUACACUCUGGGGAGAAGCCUUUCAAAUGCCCCAUGUGCAGCUACGCCUGCCGUCGCCGUGACGCUCUGAGCGGGCACCUGCGCACCCAUUCUGUGGAGAAGCCCUUCAAGUGCACACACUGCAGCCGCAGCUACAAGCAGCGGAGCUCCCUCGAAGAGCACAGAGAACGGUGCCAUGUGUACAUCCAGAACAAAGAGGACAGCCACGCACCCAGGACUCAGAUGGGCACUGAACGUGCACUGCUGCUCGACCGGCUCGCCAGCAACGUGGCCAAGCGGAAGAGCUCCAUGCCUCAGAAGUUCACGGGAGACAACGGUGUGUGUUUGGACCUGAGCUUUAACAGAGAGCUGGUCCACAGAGCCGACGUCAAGGAUCCGUCGCCGGGCUCUCCGGGGCCGGACGGCCCCCAUCAGCAGCAUCAACAGAUCCACUCAGGCCCAGACAGCGACACGGCUCCCGCCCACAGACCCUACCCCAUCCCGCUGAGCCGCACCGACGUCAACCCUGUAGGCCUGACCAACGGCCACAAGAUGGGGCUGUCCUUCCUGGGCCUCCCUCACUCUGCGCAGCCGCAGCUGAGCAUGGACUCCUUCCCUGCUGACAGCCUGCAGAUGUCGCAGCCCAUCAUGUACAGCUUAGGUCACCUGCUGGGCGGGCUGAGCCACCAGAACGGCGGCCCCCACCCUCACGCUCAGCCUGUCCCGCUCCCCCUGCUGGAGGCUCUGCGAGCAGCGCGGGCCGACGAGGAGGCCGGAGCGCCGCCCGGGGCGGUUUACCCCUGCGGCCACUGCAGGGUGAUUUUCCUGGACUACGUCAUGUUCACCAUCCACAUGGGCUGCCACGGCUUCCGUGACCCGCUGGAGUGCAACGUGUGCGGCCACCGCAGCCGCGACCGCUACGAGUUCUCCUCACACAUAGCGCGAGGAGAGCACCGCCUGGAGCUAAAGUAGCUUCCAUUCAUGUCCACGCACACACACGCACAUAAACAAAGUGUCUUUCUAUCUGUCUCAUUUAGGUCCAGGUUUUGGUCUCCAUGAAGACUCCUGGUCCUGUUCAUGCCAGAACAGGUCCUACAGAGGUACCAAAUACAAGAACACACACACACUCAGGGUUCAGGGUUAACAUUAGUGAAUGUACUACUUUGACGUGUCCUCACUAAGACAGAAGAACAAGUAUGUGCGUGUUUCUGUGAUUUCU